UAUCUGGUUUCAGACCCAUCUGAAUCACUCACCAGUGGUGGAUCCAGCCAAUGAAGAGAAAAGCAAACGAUCCAAAGUCUUGAGCAACAGUCAACGGAUUUAGGUUAAACAGCCUGAGAUGGAAGGGCACUGACCUGGAGUUAGAAGGACCAGUGAAGACCUCUCCAGAAUGGCGAAGAAUCGGAACUGCGUGUAGGCAGGGGUAUGCAUUUCUCCACGGCCAGGGGGUCUCCUCCCAGCUGCUGCAGACGAGGGGCCGGCCCUAGAGGCUAGCCGUGUGGACAUGAACUGAUUUGUUCCAGCCCAGGGCCGCCAAACCGCCCGACGAGUGAGGGGAAAGCAGCACGUAGCCUCGGCAGGCCCCAGAAGUUGAGCAGGGGAACUGUCCCAGCCCUGCCCACAGGGCGCUAGAGGGUCAGAAAGGUCCCGCCCUUCCCCGACUGGGGCCCAGCAGGGCGAAGGUUGUCGUCAAGGCCACGUGAGCCUUCCUCGCCUCUAAAAGCCCCAAACAGGUCGGGCUCAUGAGAGAGGAAAGUUAAGGACGCUCCAACCUCUGCAUCGCUGCGCCCCACCACCGGCAGCAGAACCGCUCUGCCAACAGCCGCCUGGUCCAGCCGAGCGGAGAUCGCGGCCGCCGAGCGAUGUCCCGCCGCAGCCCGGACGGGAGCCUCGGGCUGCUCUCGCCGCCGGCCCUGCUGCUGCUGCUGCUGCUUCUGGCCGCCGUGGUGCCGUCGGGCCUGGCAGGGGUCUACUAUGCAACUGCAUACUGGAUGCCUACUGAGAAGAGAAUACAAGUCAAAAAUGUCCUAGACAGAAAUGGGGAUGCCUAUGGCUUUUACAAUAACUCUGUGAAAACCACAGGCUGGGGCAUCCUUGAGAUCAGAGCGGGGUACGGUUCUCGAUCCCUGAGCAAUGAGAUCGUCAUGUUUGCAGCCGGCUUUUUGGAGGGUUACCUCACUGCCCCACAUAUGUAUGACCACUUCACAAACCUCUACCCACAGCUGAUUAAGGAACGUUCCGUGUUGGAUAAAGUACAGGAGUUUUUAACGAAGCAAGAUCAGUGGGCCCGGGAUAACAUCAAAAAUUACAAGGAUGACCCGUUUUGGAGACACACAGGCUAUGUUAUGGCACAAAUGGAUGGGCUAUAUGUAGGGGCAAAGAAGAGGGCUACAGUAGAAGGAACAAAGCCCAUGACCCUGUUCCAGAUUCAGUUCCUGAAUGCUGUUGGAGAUCUGCUGGACCUGAUUCCCUCACUUUCUCCCACAAAAAACUCCGGCCUGGAGGCUUUUAAGAGAUGGGACAUGGGACAUUGCUCUGCUCUUAUUAAGGUUCUUCCUGGAUUUGAGAACAUCUUUUUUGCUCACUCAAGCUGGUACACGUAUGCUGCCAUGCUCAGGAUAUAUAAACACUGGGACUUCAACAUCAUUGAUAAAGACACCAGGAGUAGUCGCCUCUCUUUCAGCAGUUACCCAGGGUUUUUGGAGUCUCUGGACGACUUUUACCUUCUCAGCAGUGGUUUGGUAUUGCUGCAGACCACAAACAGCGUGUAUAAUAAAACCCUACUGCAGCACGUGGUACCCAAGUCUCUCCUGGCCUGGCAAAGAGUCCGGGUGGCCAAUAUGAUGGCAAACGGAGGCAAGCAGUGGGCAGAGGUCUUUUCAAAAUACAACUCUGGCACGUAUAACAAUCAGUACAUGGUCCUGGACCUGAAGAAGGUAAAUCUGAACUACAGCCUUGGUAAAGGCACUCUGUACAUCGUGGAGCAAAUUCCUGCCUAUGUAGAAUAUUCUGAACAAACUGAUGUUCUGCGGACAGGCUACUGGCCCUCCUACAACAUUCCUUUCCAUGAAAAAAUCUACAACUGGAGCGGCUAUCCAAUGUUGGUUAAGAAGCUGGGUUUGGACUACUCUUACGAUCUGGCUUCACGAGCCAAAAUCUUCCGGCGUGACCAAGGGAAAGUGACUGAUAUGGAAUCCAUGAAAUAUAUCAUGCGCUACAACAAUUACAAGAACGAUACUUACAGUAACGGUGAUCCCUGCAAUACCAUCUGCUGCCGUGAGGACCUGAACUCACUUAAUCCAAGUCCUGGAGGUUGCUAUGACACCAAGGUGGCAGAUAUCCACCUGGCGUCCGCGUACACAGCCUAUGCCAUUAGUGGGCCCACAGUACAAGGUGGCCUCCCUGUUUUUCACUGGAGCCGUUUCAACAAAACUCUCCAUGAGGGCAUGCCAGAGGCCUACAACUUUGAUUUUAUUACCAUGAAACCAAUUCUGUAACUUGACAUGAAAUGGAGGGAGGUGAGAUACAAAGGGCACUAUUUUAACUACGUUUUCCCAUUCAAACUUAGUCUUAAAAUAUAGUCAAUCCAGUCUAUCA